AUGCGACUCGCCAAAAAAUUCAUGCGAAUCCAAAAGAAUUCAUGCGAAAAAGAAUUCAUGCGGCCCGCCAAAAGAAUUCAUGCGACUCGCCAAAAAAAAUUCAUGCGGCCCGCCAAAGAAUUCAUGCGACUCGCCAAAGAGUUCAUGCGGCCCCGCCAAAGAAUUCAUGCGACUCGCCAAAAGAAUUCAUGCGACUCGCCAAAAAAUUCAUGCGACUCGCCAAAAGAGUUCAUGCGGCCCGCCAAAGAAUUCAUGCGACUCGCCAAAAAAUUCAUGCGGCCCGCCAAAAGAAUUCAUGCGACUCGCCAAAAGAAUUCAUGCGACCUGCCAAAGAAUUCAUGCGGCCCGCCAAAAGAAUUCAUGCGACUCGCCAAAAAUGCGACCUUAAAAGAAUUCAUGCGACUCGCCAAAAAAAUUCAUGGCCCCGCCAAAAAGAAUUCAUGCGACUCGCCAAAAGAAUUCAUGCGCCUCGCCAAAAAAGAAUUCAUGCGACUCGCCAAAAGAAUUCAUGCGGCCCGCCAAAGAAUUCAUGCGACUCGCCAAAAGAAUUCAUGCGACUCGCCAAAAGAUUCAUGCGACAUGCGCCAAAAGAAUUCAUGCGACUCGCCAAAGAAUUCAUACGACUCGCCAAAAAUUCAUGCGACUCGCCAAAAUAAUUCAUGCGAGUUCAUCGCCAAAAGAAUUCAUGCGACUCGCCAAAAAAUUCAUGCGACUCGCCAAAAAAGAAUUCAUGCGACUCGCCAAAAAUUCAUGCGGCCCGCCAAAAAGAAUUCAUGCGACUCGCCAAAAGAAUUCAUGCGACUCGCCAAAAGAAUUCAUGUGCGACUCGCCAAAAAUUCAUGCGACUCGCCAAAAAAAUGCGACUCGCCAAAAGAAUCAUGCAGCCCGCCAAAAAGAAAUUCAUGCGGCCCGCCAAAAGAAUUCAUGCGACUCGCCAAAGAAUUCAUGCGACUCGCCAAAAGAAUUCAUGCGGCUCGCCAAAAGAAUUCAUGCGACUCGCCAAAAGAGUUCAUGCGGCCGCCAAAAGAAUUCAUGCGACCAGCAAGAGUUCAUGCGGCCCGCCAAAAGAAUUCAUGCGGCCCGCCAAAAAAUUCAUGCGACUCGCCAAAAAAUUCAUGA